CUACAUAGACGACUUGGACUCGUUCACAAAACCAUCAAUAAACUCCAACACCUUUACAUUUUGAGUUUUUACUUGCCAAAUCUCAAUUACGCCUAACUUGUUUUGCAUUCUGAAUCUCUCUCUUUGUGUGUCAAGUGCACGAUGGGUGGUGCUAUCUCAACAGCAACCGAUUUCGUGGUUGAGAAAUUAUGUAGCUGCUUUUGUCUGGAAGUCCACCAUAUUUGUAGACUCGACAAGAAUCUAGAAACUCUGGUAGAAGACAUGAAGAUACUGGAGGCAAGGCGAAAUGAUGUGCUGAGAUUCGUGAGGAGCGAGGAAGACAGAGGUCUACAAAGGCUUAGCGGAGUUGAUGUAUGGCUUAUGGCUGUCAGGAACAUUGAAAACCAGUCCGGUGUAACGCUUGUGGCUUGUACAAGUGAACUACAAGGGUUGUCUCUUUGUGAUGGCUGUUCAAGAAAACUAGUAGCAAGGUUUCGUUUUGGGAAAGAGGUUUUCUCGAUGUUGGAAGAUGUCAAGGAGCUCACAGGUCGCAAAUUAACAGAAGAUACUAAUGCUCUGGCUGUGCCACAUGUGAGAAGAGUUGUGACGGAAAGAGAUUUAGAGCAAAACAUUGUUGGUCAGGAAACAUUGCUCGAGAGUGCAUGGAGCCGCCUCAUGGAUGAGGGAACCAAGGUUAUGGGUCUCUAUGGCAUGGGGGGAGUAGGAAAAACAACUCUUCUUGACCAACUCAGGAAUAACUUUUGUGGUGCAAAUGACGGGUUUGACAUAGUGAUUUGGGUUGUAGUGUCCAAGGUUAAACGGAACGAGAAGAUUCAAGAUGAGAUCGCUAAGAAACUAGGCUUUUUUACUGAAGGGGAUUCAUGGAAACAGAAUACAGAGGCCGAGAAAGCCUCUAGUAUACACAAUUCCCUGAAGACCAAACGAUUUGUGUUGUUUUUGGAUGACAUUUGGAGCAAAGUGGAAUUAAAAGGCAUAGGUGUUCCAUUUCCCACAAAGGAAAACAAAUGCAAAAUUGUAUUCACCACUCGUUCAAGGGAAGUGUGUGCACUCAUGGGGGAUACUAACCCAGUCGAAGUCAGUUGUCUGGACACCGACAAAGCCUGGGAGUUAUUCAAGGAGAAAGUAGGGGAAAGCAUACUAGGAAGCAACAUAGGCAUUCCCGAACUCGCAAGAAAAGUGGCAGGAAAAUGCCAUGGCCUACCAUUGGCACUCAAUGUUAUUGGUGAGACCAUGUCAUCCAAGGACACAAUACAAGAAUGGCGCCACGCAGUUAAGACUUUGACUUCAAAUGCUGCAAAAUUUUCUGGAAUGGACGAGAUUCUUCCAGUUUUGAAGUAUAGCUAUGACAGCCUCAAGGAGGAGCAUGCGAAGCCAUGUUUCCUCUAUUGCUCUUUGUUUCCCGAAGAUUUUGAAAUCAGUAGAAAUAGGCUAAUUGAGUACUGGAUCUGUGAGGGUUUCAUACAAGAAAAUCAGAGUAGAGAAAACGCAUUCGACGAAGGCUAUAGUAUCAUCAGUUCUCUUCUCCGUGCAUGUUUGUUGUUGGAAGAACCAGUCUAUAAAGUAAAAGUGAAAAUGCAUGAUGUGGUUCGGGAGAUGGCUCUGUGGGUAGCAUCUGAUCUUGGGGAGCAUGAAGGGAGAUAUACUGUGCAAGCCGGUGUUGGGUUACGUGAUAUACCGGAAGUCGAGAGUUGGGUGCCCGUGAGAAAGAUGUCUUUGAUGUACAAUGAGAUCAAAGAGUUAUCUGGCAGUCCGUGCUGCCCUGAACUUACAACUCUGCUUCUCCGGGAAAACAAGCUGAUAACUAUCUCAAGCAAAUUCUUUCGACGUAUGCCUAGGCUACUCGUCUUGGAUCUCUCGAAAAAUAACUUGUUCAAUGGAUUGCCAGACAAAAUGUCAUUGGUCGCCUUGAGAUACCUUGACUUGUCAGGCACACGAAUAAAGCGACUGCCUGUUGGUUUACAAGAGUCUAGAAUGCUAAUAUAUCUGGAUUUGGAAUUCACGAAGAGCCUUGAUAAUGUUUCGGGGAUGAUAUCCAAAUUUUCGAGGUUGAGGAGAUUGGGACUAUUGCGUUCCAAAAUGAAGCUAGACAUGAGCUUAUUGGAAGAGUUGCAGCUCUUGAAAUAUCUACAAGUUGUAACCAUAGGUAUAAACUCAUGUUUGGUUGCGGAGAAAUUGUCAAACUAUGACAGGGUGGUGAAAUGUAUUAAGAAGUUAGAUUAUUCGGACCUUCGGGAUGAAUCAUUCAGAGUAUUGACUUUACCGACUAUGGUUAAUCUUUGUGACCUCCGGAUAGAGAAGUGUGGAAUGACGGAGAUAAAGACAGAGGGAGCAGCAACUUCAUUGUGGAAUAGAAGUCCCACUUGUCCAUCCUUCCUCAACCUUUCUACGGUCUUAAUAAUUGAUUGCAACGGUCUCAAGGAUUUGACGUGGCUGUUGUUCGCUCCCAAGCUUACUUAUCUUAGGGUUAGUAGUUCAACGCAAAUGGAGUAUAUAAUAACCCAAGAGAAAGCUACAAAUGGUGUGACAGAGAAGGAGGCAGGUAGCAUCGUUCCUUUUGCAAGCUUAAAAUACUUCAACUUGGAUUCUGUACCAAUGUUGAAGAGCAUCUACUGGAGUUCUCUCCAUUUUCCAUGUUUGAAAGGAAUCAGGGUACGAGACUGUCCAAACCUGAGAAAGCUUCCAUUGGAUUCCAAAAGUGUUGCUACGGUUGAAGGAUUUGUUAUCGAGUUCACAGAGAGUUAUUGGAAAGAGACUAUUGAAUGGGAGGACGAAGCCACUAAACUCCGUUUCCAAGCUUCCUGGAAACGCUAUUAGAAUUUGGAGAUGAAGAAUGAAAGGAAAAGGUCGACUGGGAGGAUGAAGCCACAAGACUCUGUUUCAUACCUUCAUGCAAGUUGGAUUCCUAUGACCGAGAGAGUAAGUUUCAUAAAUAGAUGAUGCAAAACUUGUAAUGGUCUCAACUGAUAUGCGUAUGCGGCAUUACUUUUCUUCUCUCUACUACUCUGCAUUGUCUUGUUUUGUUAUGUUUCUAUUUUGUUCUUUGGAUUCUGUUUUGUAUGAUAUAUACUGUGAAGUUGUCGA